AACCUAAAAUCACUAAACCAGUGGUCGUAUUUGCGAAAUGGCUGCCGUUUUAGAUUAUUUUUCAAUAGGAAGUACAGUAUGGUGCAGGACAUGUUAUAACACAGAAAUCGAAGGGGAGGUGAUGGCGUUCGACCCCCAAGUGAAAAUCUUAAUUCUGAAAUGUACUUCAUCGAGCGGUGAUUCUAAACUAAAUGACGUCCACUUCGUCAAUCUAUCGUUGGUUAGUGAAUUACAGGUGAAAAAGGAAGUGACUUCAGUGCCUGAAGUACCACAAUCACUAAACCUGCAGAGGCUAAAUACUCGAGUGCGGAACCAGGUGGACAAGAAACGUCGAAUUUUACAAGCAAUCUCAGCGAAUGUGUCGUCGGAGGGGCAGAGUUUAUUUAUAGCGAUCGCGAAAACGAUAAAGGAAGUUCGGUGGAGGAACUCUGACAUUGUCGUGUGGAACCAGGAGGUGAUAAUCAGCCCGCCGUACCAGCUGGAGAACAUCCGAGGGGACACCAAAAGCAAAGAAUACAACUACAUAAAGAAAGUCGUCGAGAAACACAUGAAAGACCUAGCGAUGAACUCUCAGAACACCACACAAGUUCAGAACACAACACAAUAAACCCGACGCUAACUUAUUUUAGUUGAAUUCAAAUUCCGCAUAGUAUUUUCUCAAAUAAUUCCGUUUCCCCUCAAACCGUAGACGUUCCGUCUUUUGUUUUGUUUUUCAAUUUUAUUGGUGUAUUAAUAUUUUUCUUAAGGAAAAUAAAUUGUACAAAAUUG